GGAUUACGUCACUGUCGACACAUUGUCGAUUGUCUGUCAUGGGGUUAAUUUGAAAAGUGUCUAACCUUGAUCCAGUUUUCAUUAAUUUAUUAUAAUACAAAAAUCAUGGAAAUUUGGAAGAUAUUUUGUUUAUGCUUUAUUAUUCACAGUGCAUUGGCUUUCGAGGAUAACGAAGAUAAUGAGUUUGCCGAAUUCGAAGAUUUUGAUGAAUCUGACUCCAAUAUCAUUGAAGAGGAACGAAUUGAUCAAAAAGGAAACGAACAGGAUAAGUUUGUGCCACUUUCCCGAGAAAAAGAACCAGAAAAAUCGGUACAGGUAGAAAGCGAUGAAGAGGUAAAAGUUGAAGAUGAAAUCGAUAUCGAUCCAGAAUUCGAGCACUUUCAAGAUGCAGAUGAGUUUGAAGGCUUUGAGGAAAAAGAGGAAAAACCCGUUUCAGAGCCAAAGAUAACUAUAGCCAAGGUUCCUGUUAACUUGACGCUUAACUGGGAGAAUUAUUAUCUUGAAAUACUAAUGGCAACAGGAUUGGUUGCUUACUUUAUGAAUUAUAUGCUAGGUAGAAAAAAAAAUGGUAAAAUUGCCAACACAUGGUUUCAAGCGCAUAGGCAAAUUCUCGAGGAAAACUUUGCUUUGGUUGGUGAUGAUGGAAGCCAAGAACGAAAUGAUGAUGUUAACUUUAUUAAGGAAAGUGAAAGUGUGUUUUUGUUGUGGUGCAGUGGGAGAACUUGCUGUGAAGGAAUGCUGGUGGAGUUACGAAUGAUUAAGCGUCAUGAUUUAGUAGGACUCGUGGCGAAUUUGAUGAAACCAUCAUUGGACCAGAUACACAUAACAGUGAUGAUGAACAAAGAGGAUAUGGAUUCCUUCGUAUUUGCGGUUGCUAGUAAAAAAACAGCACUGCAAAUGACGAAAGAUUUACAGGAUAUUAGCAUUUAUUGUCCUGAAAGAAAGGGCGGAGAAAAAUUUAACAUCCCGACCAGCUUUCAAGUGAUGUCAGAAAUGGGCGAAGUUUCUUCCGCGAUUUUAGACACUAAAAUAGAUGCCAUAUUAAACAAGUAUCCAGAAUAUGUCGAUUAUAUUCACUUUUCGGACCAAUUUUCUGGCGUAAAACCGCAAGAAGAUACUAGUUCUAGUACUCCAAAUAAAUUACCUGAUGUAGAUAAGGUAUUAAGGUUUGGAUUUAACCUGCCAACUAAAGGUGUGCCAAUUGAGGAAGCCGUAACAAGACUGAAACCAUUAAUGAGUAUGGUAUUUUACUCAAUUGAUAAAAUUAAGAGAUAUCGCUUGUCAAAAGAAGGGAAAGUAAAGGCUAUUAAAAACCGACAGAAAGUUGAAGGAGCCUAUCUAAAAUCUACUCAUCAAGCUCGAGCUGAAGCUGCGGCCGCUGUACGGAUAGAAAAGAAACGCCAGGAAAAAGAACGAGUAAUGGCUGAAGAAGAUCCGGAAAAACAGAGGCGUUGGGAAAUAAAAGAAGAGAAACGCCAAGCCAAAAAGAGAGCGCCCCGAAUGAAGCAGCUGAAGGUAAAAGCUCUAUAAAACGACCUAAUUCAAUGUAGUUAAUAAAACUGGGUAUUUGGUUUAAGAUUCAAUUGUUAAGCGGGAAAAAUAUUCCCAUUACUUUAGUAUUGUAAGAUAAUUCGUACUUUUCAUGCAAUAACAUUGAUUUCCUUUUGAAUAUACCAAUAUUUAUAACGA